UGUUGUGUGAUGUAACAUGAUUUUGCUGACUGUCUUAUGAUUAAUGACAUGUGGAUGCCUGACCUUGCAUCUCUGAGAUCAGUGCUUCCCACGACACCAGAUGAGCUGCUUGUUACAAUAACCAGUCCUGCCAUUCUGGGAGAAGACUAUGUUGACCUACUGAAGAAGACAUGUGAUUGUUUGUAUGGGCCAGAUGGUGCUAGUGUCCUGCAGCCCUGUGAGGUGUUGUUGGACAUGGCCUGGGAGAAGCUGAACACCGGUUAUUGGAAGGAUGUGGACGUCAACUGGAGGUAUGCCUACACUGUCAUCUCACUGAUGAAGGUGUACUGUCAGUGUUGGCUGCUAAAUGAACAAAAAGGAGAUGUUUCAUUGGCCGAUAUCAUGAGGUCAUGUGACCUGGGUUUGUUGAUGGGUGCCCCUAUGCUGGAUAACAUCCUGCGUAUGUCUUCCCUGAUUCAAACCAUCUUCAACCCUCCAGGGAAACAACAGUGUGUAGAUACAGUGCCUGAACAUAAGAGGAUGAAAGUUGCAGAUGUGAGGAUCGACAAAGAUAAAUCUGUAGCUCAAUGUUCCCGUCCAUCCUUACAAAAGUUUAAAGAAAGUUACAUGGACAAACAGCAAGCUGUGAUUGUUACUGAUGCAAUGGAUUUCUGGCCAUGUUUGAGUUUCAGAAAGUGGGAUCUGGACUACAUAAAACAGAAAGCUGGAUACAGAACUGUUCCUAUUGAGCUAGGGUCUAAGUACACAGAGGAGACUUGGUCACAGAGUUUAAUGACAAUAACAGAGUUCAUUGAGCGCUAUAUCGAGAACCCUACACAGGAGACCAAGGGCUAUCUAGCCCAGCAUCAACUCUUUGAUCAGAUUCCUGAAUUGCAGAAGGACAUCAGUGUUCCAACCUACUGCUGUUUGGGGGACAAGGAAGAUGUUGAUACCAAUGCAUGGUUUGGGCCUGCAGGUACUGUGUCACCUUUGCACUAUGACCCAAAGCAUAACUUUCUGGCUCAAGUAGUGGGGUACAAGUACAUACGACUGUACUCGGACCAGGUGACAGAUCAGCUGUAUCCUCACCCAGACAGACUCCUGGUGAACACAUCCCAGGUAGAUUUAGAGGAGCCAGAUCAUGUCAAGUUUCCACUGUUUGCCAAGGCUCCGUACGUGGAGUGUGUGUUGCGGCCGGGGGAAAUGUUGUACAUUCCUCCAAAACAUUGGCAUUUUGUCAAGUCACUGUCUGUCAGCUUCUCGGUUAGUUUCUGGUGGGAGUGAAUGAGUGAGUGACUUUACUUUUACACCGCUUUUAGCAAUAUUCUGGCAACAUCACGGCAGGGAAACCAGAAAUAGGCUACACACAUUGUGCCCAUGUGGGGAAUCGAACCUGGGUCUUUGGCGUGACAAGCGAACGCCUUAACCAGUGGGUUACCCGCUGCCCCGUUUCUGGUGGGAAUAAACAUUAACAGUAGAGGGCAUAAUGUGUACGCAAAACUGUCCCUCGUUACGCAUACAAGUGUCUACCUGAGAGGGUAUUAGGUAACAAUAAAAUUUGUUCACAGAUUUAUAUUAAAAUUUAAAGUUCAA